AUGUUAUCGAAAAAAGGAAAUUUAGUGAUUAACUCGGGAAAAAAGAUAAAAUGUGAGAAACCAAUCCAGCUAACGAAUUUUACCACACUUACUGAUGAGCAAAUACAAACAUCAAGUUAUGAAGAUGAAGAAGACCAUUCAUCAAAGCUGGCAACAAUUUUGUCAGAAAUAAAACAAAUGAAAGUGGAACUACUGAUGUUUGUGUAUACACUUUCAUAUGCUUUAAGAAAUGUGUCUCAAACAACCAUUAUAAUAGAUAAAGUAUGCUUGGUUCACUUCAACUAUUCUUCAAGUAUCUGCGCCAAUAUUUCAUACUACCCUGAUGUAAAAAAUGAGGUUGUGAAACUAGCGAAUAAUUACCUUCUUGGAUACAAUUUCUUGGUAUUUCUAACAAGCUCCAUUUUAGUAAUUUUCAUUGGAUCAUGGAGUGAUAAAUACAGUCGUAGGGUACCUGUAAUUGUUGCUUUAAUAGGAAUGUUAAUUGACGACGUGGCAACUACUCUUUGUUCUGUGUUUAUGGACACCAGAGUUGAAUUCUUGUUCAUCCCCGCUUUCAUAAAUGGACUCUCUGGAGGUUUCACUGCAAUAAUGGCGGUAUUAUACAGCUACAUUUCAGACAUAACAACGGUAAGCAACAGAACAAUGAAGUACACCCUAUUUCAAGCAUCUGUCGGUCUUUCCAUGCCGAUCGGCAUAGCUGCAAGUGGAUAUAUUUUCAAAUAUUUUGGAUACAAUGCAAUAUUUUUGAUUGCAACCGCUGGGCAUGUUCUUGCACUUCUUUGGGUUAUAUUUUUUGUUAAAGAGACCAGAGGCUUGGAAAACACAGAAAGUUGGAAGUUGAAGUUGCGAAACUUAUUCUCCACCGAAAAUGUUAUCGCCAGUUUUCAUGCUACAGUAAAGAAACGUCCAAAUCAAGGGAAGAAGCAAAUUGUAUUCCUAAUGUUCUGUAUGAGUAUAGCUCUUUUGCAUCAAGCAUCUGUUGAUACAAUCGGCUUUUCUUAUGUUCAUCAUCGUUUUAACUGGGACAAUACAAAAUUUUCUACUGUAUUCGGAAUCUUUACUAUGGUAGGAACUUUUGCUACACUAUUUAUUGUUCCAUUGUUCAAGAAGAUGAAGCUUGGAGAUUUGACUCUUGGAUUUGUUGGGUCGAUUUCAGAAAUAAGUAAAAGUCUUCUCAUGGGAUUGGCAACGAACGAAUACCUUUAUUACAUAGCAAAUAUGAUUGGAGUGCUUGAUAUGUUAGUACCUUUGGCUGGUCGUUCAAGAAUUUCGAAAAUUGUAUCCGAAGAUGAUAUAGGCAAAAUAUUUUCUUUUCUCUCCAUGGUGGAAUCAGUACUUCCAUCUCUAGCCACUGCUGCCGUGUCUCAAAUCUUCAACGCAUCUUUAGAUUUUUUUCCUGGAUUAAUUUACGUUAUUCUUGGUUCAAUCUCAUUGAUUUCGGUAGGAGUAUUCUUGUGGAUAACACGAUUGCCAAAAGUAGAUUAUGAUGAAAAGGAAGAUGUUUUUGAUGCUGUCGAAGAUGUUCCAGAUGAAAACGGAAGCAUAAAAAUAACUAAAGAUGAUUCUAACACAAACAACAUGGAGGAUACAGAACCAAAGCAUUUGUAG